UGGUUAUGUUUGCAUAAAACACGUAUUCAUUGCAAUUAUAUUUUGAUUUAAUAAUACAUUUAUUUUAUGUUCCUUGAAUAAAUUCUUUAAUUAUGUUUUUAAAUAUAAUUAAAGGUUUUGAAAUAUUUUCAAUUUUGAAAGAAUAAGAGAGAAAACAUAGCAAAAAAUAUUAUGGAUAAAAUAAAAAGAGCAGCUAUGGAAUUACAUUGUCCGAGAUAUUUCAUUUCGUAGCCUAAUUUAGCUAAUCUUUUCACUUGAUACAAAAAUAUCGUCAACGUUGAAGAGGUUCUAAAUGAAAAGGCGAACAUAUAAAAUUUUCGUACCUAAUACAAUUUUUAUAAUUACUCUCUUAACAUGGUUAACAUGGAAUUCCUCUAACGAUACAACUUCCUGUGAGAGAUCACUCAAAACAGAGGCCAUUUUUAGCAUUAAAUGUAACGUAAGAAAUGGAAGAAUACUAAUAGGAAAAAGCACAAGUAAAAGUGAGUCCGUUUUUGACCUAAAAUAUGCACUCUUUAAAGAAAAAAUAAUAGAUUUACUAAAUGAAAAUGAUGAAGAAUUUGAAAAGCGAACAAAAGCAUAUAUGCAAGAUGAGGCUUUUAGAAAACGAUUUAAUAUAUUUUUGGAGAAUGAAGAAUUUCAAAAACAUUUUAACAUUCUAGUAAGUGAAUUCGAUUUGAUAAAACCGCCCGAACCAGCAAUCCAGGACGCCGACUGUACCAAAUCGACUUUUUCUUUCAAAAUUUUUAAACCCCUUAAAAAACCUUAUCAUUCUGCGCAAAAUAAGAAUCAUGCCUACAGUUAUGAAUACAACAGGGAAGAAAAACAGCCAGAAUGUGACGAAAGUAAAGAAGAAAAAGAAAAAUAUAAAGCUGAGUUUGAUGUUAAAUCACAAGAUUAUAAUUCCAGUGGAAACAAAUUUAUUAGAGUAUCAACAAGAUGGAACAGACAAAUGAGACAGAACAAAAACAAUAAAUCCAAAAUAAAAUCAAAACUAUCGAAGCUAUUCUCAGUGAUUAAGAAUGCCGAUGAUAUAUACGAAACACAAUUGAUAAAUAUGAUAACUAUGAACAAAAAAAAAAGGGAAACUUUUUUGGAUAAAGUAUAA